GCAGCGGAUGGUUUUGGUGAUCAGACAAAACUCCGCUUUGUCCCCCCUCAGCAAGCCCAAAUCAGCUGGACCCUUUUCUGGUAGUGCAAUCUCCUUUGGUCCAACUAUGAAGUCCAAGCUACUUUUGGCCGUUUCGUUGGGUCUCGUUUCUGCUCUUCAGCAGCAGCAACCUUUUGCCAACUUUGAAGACAAGCACAUGCGCGAAACUCAUCGCAUGGAAAUAGCGGAUGCUGUCACUUUUUUUAAACUUCAUGAUCUCGAUGGCAAUGGUUUCCUUGACGCCAACGAGUUACGCGCCAUCUACGGUUGGGAGCGUGAUGUGAAUCCCGAUGCCAACCACAUUCAGGACAUUAUUCAACGGGCAUUGCAAGAACUGGACAAGGACCAAGACGGUCUCAUAUCUAUGCAAGAGUAUUUGGCUUCCAAGCUACCGCAGUGGACCGAAGCGGAUCAGCAAGCUGAGAAUCAGUGGAGAGAAGAUCAUCCCGUCGGGUCAAACACUCCUUCGCGUCCUUCUGUCCCUGUUAGCCAACCUCAAUGGCAAGAUGACGAGGAGGACGUGGCGGCCUUUGAAGGCUACAUACCCGAGAAAUACAGAAUGUAGAUCCAGCCUUUUAAAAAAUAAAAAAAAAUAAAAAGGGGGAGAUCGUUGAUGGCAAUA